AUGUUGUCCCACUUGUCCAUUUUAGCUUUUGUUGUGUCACCUGAGGAGACUAGUCAAAAAUGUGCACUCUGCCCAGUAAAGUGCUGCGGACCCUCCCGGCCUCCGCCCGCCGCCCCGCCGCCCAAUCGGCCGGCCCGGAGGCGGGGCGGGGCGGCCGGGCCGCGGGCCUGCAAAGCCGCCGGGGACGCGGCCGAGCGCGCAGCCGGGGGCGCUCGGGAGGCGCUCGCGCGCCGCUUCCGCGGCAGCCCGCCCGCCGCAGCCCUCGCGCUCCGGGCGCCGGCCAUGGGGCCCUCCCGGGACGAGCCCGCCGCCGGGCCCGCGCCCGCCGACAGCCGCGCGCCCGGCCCCGAGGAGGCCGCCGAGGCGGACGCAGGGCCCCCCGCGCCUCCCGAGGGCGGCUGGGGCUGGCUGGUGAUGCUGGCGGCCAUGUGGUGCAACGGCUCGGUGUUCGGCAUCCAGAACGCCUGCGGGGUGCUCUUCGUGUCCAUGCUCAAGACCUUCGGGGCCGCGGACGAGGACGGGCUGGCCUUCAAGACAGCGUGGGUGAACUCUCUGUCCAUGGGGAUGAUCUUCUUCUGCAGCCCAAUCGUCAGCAUCUUCACAGACAUAUAUGGUUGUCGGAAAACAGCUGUCGUGGGCGCUGCGGUGGGAUUCACUGGGCUUCUGUCUAGUUCUUUUGUAAGCUCCAUCGAGCCCCUGUACCUCACCUACGGAGUCAUCUUCGCCUGCGGCUGCUCCUUCGCCUACCAGCCCUCCCUGGUGGUCCUGGGAUGGUACUUCAAGAAGCGCCUCGGGCUGGUGAACGGCGUGGUCACCGCCGGCAGCAGCGCCUUCACGGUGCUGCUGCCCUUCCUGCUGAGGGCGCUCACGGACCGCGUGGGCCUCUCCCACACGCUGAGGGUCCUGUGCGUGUUCAUGCUCGUCCUCUUCCUGGCCGGCUUCACCUACCGGCCUCUCGCCCCCAGCGAGGGGCAGAGUGCAGCCCUGGGAGGCGACAGGGGCAAGUUCGGUCCUCCGAGAAGGCUUUUCAACAUUGCCGUCUUCAAGGUGACCGCCUACUCCGUGUGGGCCGCCGGCGUGCCGCUCGCCCUGUUCGGCUACUUCGUCCCGUACGUCCACCUGAUGAAAUAUGUGAAUGAACGAUUUCAAGAUGAAGAGAACAAAGAGGUGGUUCUCAUGUGCAUCGGGGUCACCUCAGGAGUCGGACGGCUGCUGUUCGGCCGCCUGGCGGACUGUGUGCCUGGCGCGAAGAAGGUUUAUCUACAGGUGCUGUCCUUCCUCUUCAUUGGGCUCAUGUCCGCGGCGACCCCGCUGUGCACUGCCUUCAGGGCGCUCCUGGCCGUCUGCCUCGUCAUGGGCCUCUUUGACGGUUGCUUCAUCUCCAUCAUGGCGCCCAUUGCAUUUGAGCUGGUGGGCGCCCAGGACGUCUCCCAGGCCAUCGGGUUCCUGCUCGGGCUCAUGUCGGUGCCCAUGACUGUGGGCCCACCCAUCGCAGGGUUGCUUCGUGACAAGCUGGGCUCCUAUGACUUGGCUUUCUACCUCGCCGGGAUCCCUCCCCUCGUUGGGGGCGCCAUCCUCUGUUUCAUCCCUUGGGUCCAUAGUAAGAAGCAGAGAGCGGGCAGCGACCCUGCGGCAGGAGGACAGAUGGACAGAAUGGACCACCAGAGCGCACUGCUCGCAGGCUCCGCGGGAAUCCUCAGGAAAGAGUCCGACUCUGUUGUUUGAUGUCUCACACGCCUCCACCGGACUGGGCUUGCUUUCAGAACUUUAAGCAAAUCGUCCUUUUAUAUGAAUUGCAAAUUAAUUUUUUAAAUCACAUCCCAAAAGUAGCACAAUCAUUGGGAAAUAGAACCUUACUACUGUAGAACCAUUUUCUGCCGCUGAGUAGCUAUCCGAUGCUCCCACCAGUCUGAGGGCAGAGGCCCUGGUAGACGAAAACAUGUUUGGUGAGGAUUUGAAGCUAUCUCAGUGAAAAGCAGCUUUGGAAACUGAAUGCUCUUUAGUUUGUACAAAUAUUUAAAAAUACCUCAAGCUAGAUUGAAAGGGCUUUGUUUGAUUAGGACUGGAAAAAGGUCGUCGCUUCACAUGGUGUUUUUAGCUCUGGGGUCUGUUUUAAAUUCUUCUGCUAUUUGGAAACUUUCUACAAAACUUAAGCCUGGAUUCUAGGUAAUGUCAGCUCUACCUAAUCUCAAGUCUGUUGAAGUUGCUUACCUGCUGUGAAACAAGCUGUGCAAUUUACUUCCUCUGACUUGCCGCAGUGCCCGGAGGCCUUCCUAGGGCAGAGCCCAGAGCAUGCCAGGAACCAGCGUGAGAUCAGAAGGGUCCUGUUCGCAGGGCGGGGUGGUCCCCAAAUCAGGCCUUUCUUCCAUUUACGUCUGUUCUUGGGCUUACACUGUUUGACUUAAGUAGCCAGAAACAUCCCCAAAUUUCUGAAUUUGUUUGAACAACAAAGUAAAACAGAAUGAAAGCUAUUCUGGUAAAUUUAAUGUAGAAUUUUUCUGAGUUGACUUGAUAGCACUAGAACCUGAUAUUUUAAGUCUUCCCAAGCGUGUUCCCAAGUUGCAGUUUCAGGCACAAAUGGGGAAAAAAUAAUCUUUGUAUUUGUGAAGAUAAUAUCUAUUUCUGACAGAAGCAGUUGCUCAAAUUGG